ACGCGUACGAGACGCUCAUUAAAUUGGUUAAAGUCUCUCUCUUUCUUCUUUCGUCUCGAACCUUUUUUGCUUCCUCCUUAAGAUCAAUCAAAAGAGAUCGUUUUUGUUCCAGAAUUUGACCUUUGCGUUAAAUAAUUUCUUAUCACAAUAUGGCGGGAGAAGAUAACCGUGAAGCUCAAAGAGAGGAAUCGAGUCCUCUCUUGCAAGGGAACGAGAACGACAGCAAGAUCUGCUCGAAAGGGGAUGAUGAUGUUAAGGUUAAGGCGGCGUCGGUUGUUGUGCCUCCUCCUGCGGCGACGGAGGAAUACGGUUGGACGGCGGAUGGGUUGCCUGUGAGUCAUGGUAGCGUGAUUGGCGAGCCUAUUAGGAGAAACCAGUGGAAUUCUGGUCUUUUCACCUGUCUUGGUCGUAAUGAUGAGUUUUGCAGCAGCGAUCUCGAAGUUUGUCUUCUUGGAAGUGUGGCUCCAUGUGUGUUGUAUGGAACUAAUGCAGAGAGGCUUGGUUCUGCUCCGGGAACAUUUUCAAACCACUGCUUGACUUAUUUGGGAUUGUACUUUGUUGGUAAUUCUUUGUUUGGUUGGAACUGUCUUGCUCCAUGGUUCUCUUAUUCUAGCCGUUCUGCUAUUCGCCGAAAGUUUAACCUUGAGGGAAGUUUUGAGGCAAUGAACAGGUCGUGUGGCUGCUGCGGUAGCUGCAUAGAGGAUGAGAUGCAAAGGGAACACUUGGAGACGACUUGUGACUUUGUGACGCAUGUCCUUUGCCAUACAUGUGCCCUUUGCCAAGAAGGACGUGAGCUACGCAGGAAGGUUCUUCACCCAGGUUUCAAUGCUCAGUCCACCGUGGUUGUGAUGCCACCAAGAGAGCAAACCAUGGCUCGUAAAUGAAGCUUGCUUUCGAGUCGAGUGGUCUAAGUAGCACUUGUAUUGUUGUGUACACGUUGGUGAAACAAGUGUCUUGUGUGGAACACGAACCAUGAUGUCUCUUUUGCUUACUUUUUUGUUGUUGAAUAAAACCUAAUCUGGAUGUAACCUGUCGUGUGUCUUAUCUUUUCUCUUGAAAACGAACGUAUGUAUAUCUUUAUUGUUACGAACUUGUUUUGAUAUGGUCUGAAAUGUUCAAUUGUUUCACA